AGUUCCUGCGUGUGCGUGAAUCUGCGUGGGAGUUCCUUCUUUCGCCAUUCCGGGGUGUUGCCAGCUGCACAGCACCGUUUGCAGAGGCGUACUGGAGAGGUAGAGCCUGCGCAUCUCUUCUUUCUCCAAGGCGUCUCUUCGCCCUCUAACCUCCAGAGUCUUAUCACCCCACCCCCUCCCCCCUCCUUCACCAACACCAUCCUUGGCUAUACCAGCAUCCCUUCGCCCCCCCAUCAAAGAACACAUUUGGGAUCUAAGCAUGCCACAACAGCAGCUAGAUAUCCGCCUAUCCUCCCCCAAAGUCACCGCAGGCGCAGCAGCAGGCUUCCCCCGUCCAAGAGAGCACGGAGACUCCACCGAGUGAUGCCACUGCUGCAGCAAGAAAAACACCCAGCAACCGCGCAUACUCUCGACGCCUGCCGGAGGACCCGACACCACAGUCUCGGCCCUUGACAGAAGAGAGAGCCCCCUCCCCACCCCCUCGGCUCCGUUCCUGUCCUGACUCCAGGAUGUCCGACAGCAACGCAAGUCCCACCGACCGGGUGAUCAAAUGUAGGCAUGCCAAUCUCUGCACGGCCAGUGAGAGCUAUCUCUGUGCCUGCAAUAAUUCUGCUGUAACCCUUCUGUUUUCGAUGCUUGCAUUCUUGUCAUGCACCAGUGUCUCUUCUGCGCACGUUUCUUUUCUUUUUUAGCUCAGAGUCCAUUUCUUUUCAUCACUCUGCCACCUCAUAAUAAAAGAAGCCUAUCUGACUGGAGAGUCAUGCAUGUGUCUGAACAUUUUAGUAGAGGGAGGUGGUGAUGGAGGGAAAGGGGGAAAGGUUGGAGGAGGGGGUAAGCAGACCUAUACGACACAUCAUGGGUCUUCCCUCAUAAAUCUAUUGGAAUUCACCCCCUCACCGAGGCAUUACCCCAUUUUCCAACGAGGGGGAUGUCUCUUCCUCUAUGUAUUGCAAAUGCUUUUGUGCGACACCCUGUGCUGCAUGAUCUCCAUUUACGCGCUCCACUCCUAGCGGUGGUUUCGUGUUACUGAAUAAUACUCUACAGAGACACAGCCGGGAGAGUGAUAGAGAGAGGGAAAAUCGGAGAGGGAGAGAGGAAGAUGAGCAUCUUGUUCCAAUGAAACAUCUAGCAGUGUGACGAUGACAGCGAAAGGCAGACAUAAAGGUAAAGAAAUGUUACGCAUAACCUGCUAUCUUUGGUGUGGUGAUUUCGUUGUAGAUGCGGGCAGUGUCGUGGAGAUGAUGUUGCAUGUAAGCAACGAUGUUGGGGGAGGAGGAGGGGGGGGAGAUGCUAUGGGGGACUUAUUAAUGGGAGAGCUUUGGAUUUUUUGAGUUUUCUGCCUGACAGUUUCACAUAACUAUAGCCUGUAGCUUGCGCGUCUCAGUGGUGCUCCUGUGCUGUAUAUGCUGCCGCUAACUCUUCAGGGUGGCCUACAUUCUCGGUCUAGUUUUUUUUUUUCUUCCCCCCACUGAAUCUGAGCUAAAGUCAGGCAGUCGAAUGGUCUAAAUGGCUGACAGGCGGACAACUUUGCCAGGCCGAGUACGCACCUUCAUACCUAGGUGACUGUUUUUCAUGGUAAAGGCCAGACAAAUGAAACCAACCUGAUAUUAGCUGCUGUGACGCCUUAAAAGCACGAAUGCACAUCAUGGGUCAUUUUAUGUCGACGUUUUUCAGGAAGGCCUGAAUGUCUGACAAAAUCGUACGUUUCCCGUGCGUAUCGUUUAUACACGUCUUCGUAAAGGUUCCCCUGGUUUCCCCAUCUGAUUCCUCCAAGUGUCAAAUGAAAGAUACAUGGUGCGCGGUGUGUCAGAGCCCAUUUCCCGACAGUGAUUUUGCAUACCGCCCUAAUGGUGUAAUUGCAUCACUGGAUUAUGGAAUAUUUAAUGUGUUUAUGAAAGUGUCUGUUCCUCCUCUACGCGUGGGCGGCCAUAGGGGAGGUGAGGAGGGGCACCGUUAGGUUAUGAUCUCCGAAGCUUGCACAGAUUGCCGUGUUUAUCGGGUCACAACAAGGAUGGCAUGGCAGCGGCGCUUCCUAACACGCAGCCUGUCACAUGCAACGAAGCCUUGGCUGCUGUCUAUCCAACUGGCUUCCCUUAAUAAACUCUCAAGGUUUCUCUGCCGGAAGAAAUGGAGCUGACAGCUGGAUGCGUUGCACGGGCAUGCCCCGGUAUUCCGUGCGUGCGUGCGUCGUGCUUGGAAGAGGAUGGGGUGGGCUGGGGGCGUGGGGGUUCUUGCAGUUUUUGCACGUAGGACUUCAAGACUGCAUGCGCCUACAGUAUGGCUGUGCUUGUACGUGUGUAACUACAUGGAUGCAGCUAUGCAGGGGCGGUGCUUAAAAAUCUGGAUCCCGUGGAAAAAAAAAAUGGAUUCUAACCUGAUUAUGACUGACCCCUCAUCCACCCUGUAGUUAUUUAUCUUAACCCCACCAAUGGCUCUCCUCUGUGUGUACUGUUACAUAUUAAUUCCUGUUUUCAUGUGUGUUGUAAUACAGCUGGGCCACUGGACCUCAGCUGCUUUAACACUGGAAUUAACUUAGCGGCCUGUAUCCUCUUGCAUCAUCUAUCAUGUAUAGACACAUACACACAAACACACUAAAUUAACACGCAGAGGCACCACAGGCCUGCAGUUCAUCAGUCAGGUGAGAAUGAUUUGAUGUGUAUGAAGCUGAAGAGCGAAGGGGGCAUCAGUCAAAGAGAUGCCACUUGUGGCAAAUGGACUGUUUCAGGUACUUCCCCACAUUAUGGAUUUUAGUGAGAGGAGAGCACACAGAGAUGGAGCCAAAGGACAAAGCAAAGCUAGAGGAAUGGACAGGGAGGCAGAGAGUGUGGGGGCGAGUUGAGAGAGCGAGGAAAGGAGAGGAUGUGACAAGGCCAUGAAAUGUGCAUGCUGGCUCACUGUCAUGGGUUACUGGGACACUCGCAAAGCUUGGAGCUUUCUUUGUUGUAAAACAGAUCUAUUGGUUUUGUUUUUCUGAAUAGGGACAACUUUAGGGAAGCCAUGACAAGAUCUAACAAAUAUUACCACCAGGCAUUUGUGGUCUGAGCUCUGACUGGCUUGCUGGACAAGCAUUUUUUUUAUUAUUAUUUUGCAUUCUUUUGGUUUUGGUGACUGUGGACUUCUGAGAUAAUAUGUAACAUUAGAGACAGUAGUGAAAGCUUGUCGAAGUGAACUCCCCAUUUCGGUUUAUGUGGGUUGGCAUGGUUUCUUGGACAUACCUUGUAAUGUGCGUGCUAGUGGACCAAGCUUAACCAUCAAGUUUUUCCUUAAUAUUAUUAUUAACUCUUUUACUUCUCUUGCUAUGACUUAACUGUAUAACAUACUGCACACGACAUAACCAGAAAAGACAAUAGAGUAAAACAUAGACAGACAGACAGACAGAUAGAUAGUUUAUUGAUCCCAGGGAGAUGACAUCUAACAUAAAAUACAGCACUUGCUUUCUCAUAUCUACAGGUAAAACAUGUGCACCCCCCCCCCCCCUCAAAAAAAAUAAAAUAAAAUAAAAUAAAAUAAAAUUAAAUUAAAAAAAUACCUUAACUAAGACUUUAACGAACAACCUUUAAUGCCAAAAAUGAUAGGUAGAGGUAGACCUGCAAAUCAUCAGCAACAGCCAAUACCUGCAUUCACAAGGUCAAUUGAAAAAGUCUGCAAUGUCCAGAGCCAUGUACUAUUAUCAUAAUUCUCAUGCACUCUUUGGUAACGGUUAGCCUAAUUUUCCUUAAUCAUCAUUGGUUUUACUGAAUAUGUUGUUUUCCUAUCCUGAGUGUUAGCAUACAAAAUUUAAAAUGGUUACUAGCUAGUGUUCUACAAAAACUCUGUUAUGAUGCAUAGAAUAAUGCAGUUUAUUGUUAUUUCUGACAUGAAUAUUAGUCAGGAGGUGAAAUCUAUAGCAAAGCCCAUUAGUAAAAGUCCUCAUUAGGGCCAUUAAAAAACACAUUACUGAUCAAGUUGGCCCUGUACGUGAGACUGAAUUUGCAUGGAGUAAGAAAACUACAUGCCUUUCUUUUUGGCGUAUUUGUUGACCCAAAUAUUUAUCUUGUGUGUGUGUGUGUGUGUGUGUGUGUGUGUGUGUGUGUGUGUGUGUGUGUGUGUGUGUGUGUGUGUGUGUGUGUGUGUGUGUGUGUGUGUGUGUUUCUGUUUAAAUAAUUACAGAUAAGUAGACAGAAAUCCAGAAGUCCCUUGUGGGAUUAUUUUUUUGAGUCAACAUCUGGGAAGGCCAAUAAUAACCAAAUGUUCAUUUAAAUCGAGCAAAUUUGUUUUUCAUUUGUUGUUGUUCUUAAAAAGUUGUUUUUAUCAAUGCAAAUGUUAAUGAAAUCAAUUAAUAAGGAUAAAAGAUAAUCAGCUGUUGAAAAAGUGACAUACUAUGUCAAUCACUUAAUCACAUGUAAAGACAUUUUUUGCGUAAUUGAUUUACAGAAGGGCCAAAUACAACUGUAAAUUCAAUUUAUAAUUGCCAAAUUUUACUUGAAGUAUCACUAGAUCUCUGGUAUAUUGUAGCAAGACAUAUUAAGAUUAACAAAUCUGAAUCUGUUUGUGAUCUGAAAUCCAGAACUAAAGGUUCAACGAUGGGCUAGGUUGGUAAAGACAGACUGUUUCUAGAAUGAAAAACGAAUGAGAAAAACCUUUGGACUGAGAAACAAGAUCCUGGAUACACACAAUGAGCAUAAGUCAAACUUUCAUUUGGAGAACAGCAUCACAACGCUUUCUCAUCAAGCAUAGCUUCGGCUGGGUUUAAACACUCUUCUGACCUACUUGAAGAAGACCUUUAACCUUUCAAUACUCAGUACUUUUCUUCUCUGUCCUGUUGUAUUCUUCAUCAAAGAGCUUCCUAUGCCACUCAUGGUUCUCGUGAUUUUUUCGACUCCUACAGUCAGAAGUGGCUCAUGGCUAAAGAAUAUACUGUAUAAAGAUAAAUGCCUUAACUAAGUGCUGCAUGAAAAUAGAACAUAUAGUCCCCAGGACAGGCCAACCACAGAGAGGAGCUGCUCCAUUAUGCAGUAAAAUGUAACCAUGAUGAUUUUGGUUGAUAUUGUAAUGAUGAUUAUCACAAAUGACUACUCAUGAUUUAACAUCUGCAUCACACAUUCAAGCAACUAAAAGCCUCUUUGAAACUUUAAAAAUCUCUUUAUUCUUUGAAAAACACAAAAAUUGGAAAAUAAACUCUUUGGCUUUCUUUUUUUUCUUACUAAAACAUGUCUGUCUAACUGGAUGAGAUACAUGUUUUAAAAAAGUCAUAUGUACUACCACUGAUAGGGUCCACACAUCACUCCUGAUUUAACUUUUAGAGCUCCAGCUGAUUUUUGGUGAUAAUGAUCACGAAAUUAAAUCCUAGAAUUCAUUUGUAGUGAAGUAUUUUUACACUGUCAUAAAAAAUUGAAGGAUUUCAGCUCUGCUUACAUUUUAUCACAGGCUGCAAAUCAAGGCUAACAAAUUAGUCAGCUUGUCAAAGCUAUUAAAUAACGUCCUUUAUUAUUCGAUUACUUGUGUUUUAUUGUGAUCAGAACGAUGCCUUUCACGUUUUAGCUGCAGUCAAUAGCUUGUUAGAGCACAUGCACGUUCCUGAUCACUGCAACCUCUCUCUCGUCCCGUUCAUUCUGUCCCUCUGCUUUUCAGACACACACGAAAUCUCACACCUGACUCCUCCUGCCCCCACCUGCUGUUGCAUGAUCAUUUGCAUUGUUGUUGCAUAAAGUGUUGAUAAUUUGGCGAUCCAUCAUUAAUCUUAGCUGGAGUCACAACUUCCUCAUGUCCUAAACUUUGUUUCUUGUUGAUCAGAGCCGCUUAUGAUGAAGAGCAAGUGAGAGCUGUUUGAGGGAGAGGGGGUUAUGCCCAUGCUCUGCUGUUAAGGGAGAAAGGGAGGGUGAGCCUCAUUCAACAUGUAGGACGUAACAGGGGCCACACAGCAGGUGGCACCAUAACUGUUCAGUUUCAAUUUUCAUAUUUCCAUCAUCAUGAGGGUCCAAAAUCAUAAUCCUAAUUGAAAUCACCCAGCUCCACUAUAAAAUCUUAACCUCAUAACAAUUCACCUGCAUGUCUGCCCAUUAUGAGAUGUGAAGCCAUAAUACCACCUUAAUAGACACUGACAUGUUGUGCUGAUGCAACAGUGUGUGCAGAAGUGAGCUGUCACACCCUCUCCCCUAACAAAGACAGGCAUUUAACUUAUUGAUGAAAGGUUAAAGAUCCCUCAGCACUGUAGAAUAGAUUAUUGAUCUGAAGCAGACAGUUGUGUUUAUGAAAGUUCAAUUACUCUUGUUUAAGUGUUUGUCUUGCCAUCCCUCCUCUACUGUGCUUAAGAACUCUGUGGGAGCUCACAUUUGUCAACAGAACCACCAAUCAAUCAUCUUCUUACAACCAAUUAGCUACUUAUAGGGAUAUUCCGGAGUAAGACUAAUUUAGGGUCAAACACACCGUAACACAGAGUUAGACACCCCCUCGAGAGAUGAAUGUUGUCGACCGCUUGCUUCUCUAGUUAUACCGACUUUAGUAACGCCCGCACAAUAGCAAUACACAGCAGUCUGAGGAGCCAGAAAAAAAACCUCAACCAAAAAGCCACUCUAUAGCCACAAAUAAUGCUCAGAACAGCACCUAACUUCAUCAACAGUACAUAUAGGGUCCCAGCCAUAGUACUAGCCACCAAACAUCUUUUUAUCUUUGCCUAAUUUCUUUAGCAAAGAGACCAAACACAACUCACCCACUCUCUUCCAGCAGCCGCUUGUUUGUAGUGAGACCUCAGGCCAGUCCAUUACGGACCACAGCGGGGUGAUGCAGCUCAAGGAAGAACAUUUAUGAUCAUUUCUUUAUCAUUUUCUUGAAGUAAUAAUCACCAUAUUAAUCAUUUUGCACUGCAGACACGGUAGUUCUUCUGCCUUAGUGUCUCAGUCUGAUUGCAUUUCCAUGAAGAAACUCUGAUAACAACGAACAUGUGGACAUAAAUUACUUAUUUUAUGUGUGACUUUUAACUUUACUUGAUAUAUGAGGAGGUGGUGGGUCUAGGCCAUACACUGCAAAUGGUCAGAGGGGGGAGCUCUAAAUCUCCUGACUUCACUGUCAGGCGAAACUUCAUGCUAUUCAUUUUAAUACACAGCUCAUAGCUGUUCAAUUUUAUGUCUACUGUGUGCCACAUGAGUUGACUUCUGUUAAAGUUUCUCUUACCCUUAGAAGACCUCAGAGCAGUUCAAUGAUCAGGUGACACGCUUGUUCCUUACGGGAUGUUAAUUUCAACCUUAUCUAUCAGCGUUACAGGCAUAACACAGGACAGCUAAAGCAGAGAGCACUUUUGAAGCUCAAUAUGAAACAAAGGUUUGGUCCCUGUGGCUCACAUGGAAAAAACUGGUCCCCAUUGAGAAAUGAUGGUUCAUUGUGGAGAGGCAAUACUCAUCAUUUUAGAGUCUUGACCUUUCAAACAUAUCAAUGAAUAUGUGAAGAGUGUUCACUGUGGGCCGAGUGCAGUCAUAUCUAAUAUUCACACAUGCAUGUAUGCAUUCAUGCAUGCACCUACCCUACUAACACACACUCCUCUUCUCUCUUUCUCACACACACACUAAUACACACGCACACAAAUGCUAACACAUCACCUCUGGCUAGGCUCGGGGCACACUGGGCAUAUUUCCUUUUAGUGUAACAUGCUGUCCCAUUCCCUCACGGUCCCCUCAGAGCCAUGUGUGAACUGUGUUGGCUGUGUGUGCAGGCAUGUGUUUGACUGUUUGUUGGAUUUUGUUUUAUCCUUGUGUGCCAGGGGUCCCACCUUGACAGGUCUGUGUGCUCUUAGGGGAGGGUGGCAGGGCAAGGGCUAUUAAUAGAGAAGGUACUCCAGAGAGAGAGAGAGAGAGAGAGAGAGAGAGAGAGAGAGAUUGUCUAAUGAGGACAGGCUGUUAGGGGAUGGGCCGUUGUUUCUGUGUGUGUGUGUGUGUGUGUUUGUGUGUGUGUGUGUGUGUGUGUGUGUGUGUGUGUGUGUGUGUGUGUGUGUGUGUGUGUGUGUGUGUGUGUGUGCAUAUACAGAUGGUCCUUCAUGUGUGUAGUGUGCAUAAAUUGAACAACUUCAAACACAUCUUAACUCGUCCCCCCAAACUACCUUCAAAGACCAGUGGAUCUAUGUUCGCUGAUUUGGGUCAAAGAUGGUGGAUGAACACAGACACUCGGAGACACAAAAUUCAUGUGAACCGUUGCGUUUCUUCCCUCAUGUCUUUUUUCUCCUCCCAAUCACUUCUCUCAGUCUCUCAUCCCUAAGUUUUUCCUCUCCUUCAUUGAGUCACGCAGAGACAGGAAGCAGUAAAAUCUGACCUCAAGAGGUGUCUGUGCGUGUGUUCUCACAAACACAGACUCGUCAUUGGUUCUAGUUCAUCCUCGUGGACAGAUUGUCCUGAUAUUGGUGCAUGUUGCACCUACGGGGCUUCAGGCUGUCUGUGUUUCUGAAAUGACAUUUCUGUAGCCCCUGCAGAAAUGAUCUCACUUUAACUUCUUUAACUGCAAAACAUCAAAAAUAAUCUCUCUCUUGUGGCUAUCUGACAUUCAGCUGACUGGGAGGCACAAGUUUACACUCCUGUUUGGCCAUAUCUUGCAACACUUGGAGGACAGACAGAAUAAUGGCAGAUGGAUGGUUGGUGACAUCCCCAGUCAUUUCUGCAGCCUGUCUGUUCUCAUUUGCUAUCACUUCCUCUAUCCUUCACCAGACACUGUCACUGUGAAUGGUGGCCUCGUGUUAUUAAACUGAUGAAAUAUCCUCAUAAUUAACUAAAGCCAUUAGGAAGGAUGCACACACAAUAACAAGAUGAUUCUGAUCAGAUUCUGCUCCGUUAGGCUAUUAGGCCAGCCCAAACAAAUUUAGGAGAUUUGGUUGAAAGCCGUGUCAAACAUUUUCUCACCGGCUCCCCCUCGCUGCUCUGUGAAGUGGAGAUUUUUGGCUGAGCUAGCGAUUUUUUUGUGCUUAAAAAUUCCACACCAGGCAGCUUGGUUGUGGAGAGGGGGCUGGAAGACAAAACCAGUACAAAGCGAGCCAGCUAGAAGAAAAGCUCUCACCUUUUUACUCAUUUUACAUCCCUCAGCCCAGCUCGACUCACACACUCUCAUCCAGCAUGUAGCGGCUUGCUUCUGUGAGAAUGAUAGCUGCAGAUAAAUUACUUUUGUUAUUUUUUACUUCACUUGCCCUCACAUCAGCAUGAAGCUCACUGUGUUUUUCACCGACACUCAGGGAAAGAACAGCACAGGCUGUACUGCCAUCAAGUUUUUUCAGUCACACUUUAUAUGAACCCACUUCUUAUCAUGCAUCAUGAGCACAUUUAUAUGAACUCAUUUUAUUGCAUCUACAAGGCUUUCUAAUACUCCUGAAAGGUGAUGUUAAAUAUCUAUAACAGCUUAUAUUAAUGUGUUUGAAGUGGUUAUAAAGGUUCAUACAGAACUCAUUCAAUUCAUCACAUUUAUUAGCAGAAUUUUGGGGCUGUAGCUUCAGAGUCACACAAAUACUUCACAACAAGAAUAAAUCUUUUUUUUUUUUUAUAAUUAAUUUUUUUAUUUUUUUAUUUUCAUUUUCAUUGAGGUGUAAUUCAUAGUGAAACCAUAUCUUUGUAAGGUAUCAUGCUCACUGUUUACAACACUCCAUUAACAUUGCUAUAAGUUGUUAUGAAUAGAUUAUCACUCAAAAGGAUUGUUAUAAAGUCUGAAAAUGCAUUUAUAAGGCCUUAUAAACAUUCUUAUAAUGCACCAUAAGAGGUUGGCUCAUAUUAAGUGUUACUAUUUUCUCUUUAAGUCAAUCCAUUCAGCAACAUCAUAAUGCAGAGAAGCCACCUUUUUUGUUUGAGCUUACUUAAUGACAAGCUCACACUUAAGUCACAUUACUGAUAUCUGGAUUUGUUUGAUAAGUGAUAUGGAAGUCUCUCUGAUGUACAUUUUUUCUCUUUUUAUCAACCGUUUGAUCUCGUUAAUGUCCUGUUUUUGUUUAUUAAGAAAAUGCACAUCAUUAACGUUACUUUCAUUGCGUUAUCCAGCUGGCUGGUUUUGUAAUGCAAUUAUUAGUAAAGAUCCUCAGAAGCAUAACAAUGGGUUACACUGUAGUUAUUCCUCAGACAGCCAUGUAUAGUUCAUAUAUAGUAUGUAUUGUGGUCAGGCUUUAUAAGCUCUUGUUGUGAAAUCUAUGUUUACUGGUUUACCUAGUCAAAGUGAUUACCAUGGCAACUUUUUCAAAAUGUGUCUUAUUGAUAAAUCUUCUAUCUAUCUAGCUAACUAGAUUGAUAGAUAGACAGCGCUAUAUGUUAUUCUAUUAAAACAGCUAACUGGAUCUGACUGAUGUUUCCAACCAAUGAUCAAUCAAACAGCCAGCUAGUUUCACCUUUCUAUGACAAAUAUCGAAGAGGUUAGCUGACUAAGGAGGAUAAUGAUAUUUAUAAGAGAGAGUAUUGCUACUUAAAUACACCAAUUACAGUAAUAACACCAACCAAUGAGAAUCAAAACUGCCGACCUCUGGUGAGUAUUUUACAGUAUUAUGUGAAUGUCAAGGGGGUAAUAUUUUGGCUCAAUUUGGCUGGCUGAAAAUUUUUCAUUAUUAGGUCUAAAUUGAAGAAAAUUGUAUAUAAAUUCAUUUUUCCAUGUACAUCAAAAUCUUAUUUUCAUGAUUAUCUUAGCUAGCAACAUGUUUCAGUUGAAUAUUUAAAGAAAUAAUACAUUAAAAGACAAAUACUUUAAGUUUGCCGUAGAAACCACAUAAUUCUGCACAUACCAUAGUUAAUAUCAAAAGUCAGUCAGUAUCUGUUUUAGAUUUGAUUUGAUGGGAAAAUCAUAUUUUCAUUUAGAAAAAGAUAACAGUAAUGUCACCUUGUGAGGGCUGAUGCCAUUAAUCAGUCCAAUUAAUCAGCUCACCAAUUAAUCGUUCUAUUCCCAGAGAGGACACUGCUGGGUGAAAGUUCUUCAUGAACUGAGCUGAGAUAGAUCUGAUCUGGUCUCAACCAGUCUCAACACUGCAAGCGCCCGGUCACAGUAAGCUGGUUUAUGAGCAUAUUACACUGUGAAGUGUUUGCAGUUUCUUUGAUACAAGCUCAAGAAUGAAAUGUUAUGGUAUUUACAUUUUUGUAAUGAAAAUAUGUGUUGAUAGCAGUUUUUAUAGGCUUUAUGUUCUUUUAAACUUAAAUUCCCUGAACAUGUCAAAUCUUCCAGUCCCACAUUUUCAUGACGGACUUGACCAAAUCUGAAAAUAAAGUCAUUAAACUUACAAAUAACUGAAUUUAGAGGAAAAAUGGAACAUAACAAAGCUUCAUUAUGUAAAAUGAAUAACUUAAUGAAAAAGGAUUUUAUUGGGUUUGUGCUUUUGUUACAUCAUACCCUUGGCUGAGCCACUUUGUCCUGACUAAAAUAUCCAAUUGUGGUGUUUUUUUAGAGCUAUCCAUGGUAGCUAGAUGAUGACUCGGGUUGGCCGCCUGAUAAUUCAUGUAUUGCAAUAAGGUUAAAUAUAAAUGAAUUGGCAUAUCAUUUGGUAUAAUUUGAAAAUAUUUGGCACAGUUCACAAAUCCUGGUGCAUAAUGCCUUCCUUUAUUAUAGCAUCAUCCUCCUGUUGAAACACGUUCAGUAAGAAAAGGCUUGAUAAUUUACAAAUCCAAACAGCCCUGAGUCUGCUUUUCAUUUGUAUGCUAACUAAAUCAUCAGACAUUAAGUGAAAAGCACCUUCAUAGCUCAUAUGUGUUGGUAGUUAAUGUGUCUUUUCUCUUUUUCCAAAGUUUGGUUCCUUCCCCAAGCUUGGUGUCUCUGCUGCUCUCCUCUCUCAUACCUGCCCUACUUUCACACUGCUCACAAAAUUUACGAGUUUCACACUCCUUCUCUCUUGCUUCGCUUGCUCUCUCUCUCUCUCUCUCUCUCUCUCUCUCUCUUCAUUUCUCUGUCUCUUUCACACUGAAACAACACAGACUGAAAGCCUCAGGUUGAUCUCAAACCACAGUAUACUAAAUAUACUGUAUAUCACCCCGAGUUUGUUUAGCCCCAUCUUUAACUGCAGUUUUUUUUUUAGAAAUGAAUGAUCACUUACUGUAAUACAGACACACUGAGAUGCAUAAUCAUUAUUUUUGGCAUAUAUUUCUUGCACCUAAAUCUUUUAAAAUGAUCACUCUGUCUCAAUCAUGGUGAAAAAUGGUUUUAAGAUCUGCUGUUUUCAAGUAGAGGGAAACAGAUCUUGUUUCUUUAUAUGUCCCAAAGGACCUUGGGUCUCCUAAGGUUGGUUUUGAUAAAGGGAUGUUUACUGGGGUUUGAGUAAGCUAAAGGGGCUUGAUUAAUGAACAGGUACAUAUACAGUUUAUUUCAAUGUUAGCGCAGAAAUAAAACAGGCUUGCAUCCAGACAAAAAAGAGAAGAAAACAGAAAGAUGACCUUUGGAAAAGGACAGAGAUAUAAGAUCUGGCUGCUUUCAAAGAGCCACAAUUUACAUCUCUUCGCUGUGCUAUCGCUGGUGGGUUCAUUCUAGGCAUGUUCGCCCACUCUAUAUGUGGGCCUCACCUUGGUCAAAGAGCGCCUCUGUCUUCCCUUGUGUGCGAGUUUAGCUGAGAUCACUCAAUACAGAGUGAGUCAGAAAACUUGAAUAAAUUAAAUCAGGUUCUUUUUCACAUGUGGCAUCUUAAAAAAUAAGGGGUAAUAUGAAGUAUUGCUCUUACAUCUGAGAUUCUUUUUUAACCAAGCAUAGUUUCGCCAUGUCAUCUGACAUGCUAUAGACUUGUGCCUCUACACAUGUCUGACAACAGGGGCUGAAAUUUUGCAUCAAACACCUUCCUUUUACCUAAAAACCAUUUGUUUGGGUCAGGUGAGGAGGGAACCUGGGCAGAUCAUAGGUUAUAAAUACAAACCAGCACACCUCAGACUGUGUGUAGCAGGGGAGUGUCAUGAAACAGUCAUAGUAAACAAAUCCUGACUUUGGUUUUUCAAGAUGAAUCCCACCUGAGAGGAAAUUUUGCAGGAGAAUUCACUGUUUUGUUUCCAUGUUACUGUUUUUUUUUUUUAUUCCUCAUGACUCUAACAUGAAUGACCAGUUGAUUGAGAUUGAUUGAAGAUUCAUCCGGAUCAUUCAUUUGGCAUUACCGGCUGAAAUAUGCUGAUGUUUCAGUGAUGAUGACAUAAAACCAUGCAGUGUAGUUUCAUGUAGCCGUUGAACUACUUUUACUGUAAAAAGUACCAUGUGAUCAUCACAUUAAAAUGCAAUGAUGAAACUCACUGUGAAAGCUUACUGAAGGCUCUCUCUGUGGCCUGAAAGAAGGACACAAAAGCAAGGAAGAUUGCAAGAGAGAAAAAGAAGGCGAAAAUAAAAACAGAAAAAGAAAGGGCAAGAGGAGAGAGUGUAAAAGAGAGACGAAGUGACAGUGUGAAAGCGUGUGUGUGUGUGUGUGUGUGUGUGUGUGUGUGUGUGUGUGUGUACAUGAGUGAGAGAAGGAGAGAGAGAGAGAAAGAGAAAGAGAGAGCCAGGCCUAGUUUUUAGUUUGUGAUCUAGGCCAUUAUCUGUGUUAGCACUGGUGGGGCUCCAAAAGGCUCUGUGGAUCCUGCAUAACAAUACCUUUUAUGAGCUUGAAUGUGUGUGCAUACUACUGCAAGCUCAUGAACACACAAAUGCAAUCAUGCAUGUUAACAGCAUUGUUCCAGACAUGAUGUACGCAUGCGCCCAUGCACCUCUGCCUUUUGUUUAUUGUCACUGAGUUUGUGCCAUUUUGUUAAGACCACUUAGCUGUGUGUGUGUGUGUGUGUGUGUGUCAGUGUGUGCAUGUGUGUUUUAAUGAGUGUGUCUCCAUAUUUGUGUAUGAGACUCCUCACGUGCAGCUGUGCACUCUUGCUGUAUCACCCCCGUCGUCAGUCAACCCCCCUCUCCAGCAGCGCCCUGGGGGCCUUCAUUAUGUAAGAAAGACAUUACUGCAGAACAGAGGCAGAGAGGCAGAGAGACAUUACUGCAGAACAGAGGCAGGCAGCUCUGAUAACUCUGGCAGCCCCUGCUUCAAUACAGCCCACCUCAGUAACACAAACACACAUGCACACACACUCACCACACCAUCCACACACUCACACGCUCACUAGCAGUCAAACCUGAAGCUGUGUGAUGAAGAAAAUGGUGAGGAUUGACGGUUUCUUAUCUUUGUGGUCCAGCUUGUUUAAGAAUACAACAUAUAUGAUCAAAACCCAAAGUUAUGAGGAAUAAGCCCCCACACAUUUGUGCAUGUUGUGUUGUGCAGUGGCUGUGUGUAGCAGACACAAGUGCAUCAGCAGGUGUUUCUAUCAGCAAGACCCUAACGAACCUAUAGAUGUGUUUAGGCCAAGGUUCACAGCAUUCAAUUCAAGACGCCUACAGAUAAGACUGUAUAUGUAGUCUUUAUUAUGUAGUACUAACCCUAACAGUUACAUGGAUGUCAAUGGAAUUAUACAGUAUUUUGGCUAAAUCUGGCCAAGACUGUAAUCAGGUUAUAGUCUGUAAAUCUGUGUCUUUUGACUUAUUCAUCAAACCUUUGUAAUUUAAAGCAGAUUUAACACAGCAUAUGAGAAGUAGUACAGCAUGUGUUUUAGCGGGUGGUUAGUGUCUAUAAUGAUCUGAUUGGACUGGAGCUGUCAUUAAAACCUGUGAAAUUUACAUUGAACUGGACAUUAAAUAUGAGAGUUGGUAUUGCCUCUUUCCACUAGAUUUUGUGCCCCAACCACCUAUAAUGUAAUUUUUAUAUAUGUGAAAUUUAGAGCAUCAUGAACCUUGUUUUAAGGAGUUACGACAUCAUUAAAGUCCCACUCGGAUCGUUUUUGUUCACUACUUAAAGUGUUCUCAGUGGUCUUUAAACUGUGAUCAAGAAGUUUUUAGCCAAAAUCACGUUAUUUUCAAGGACUUUUCUUCUGCAGAGCUCCAGUAUCUUAUUAGCAAUUUGCCUCUGAGUCGUGGGCGGAGACAGCGCUAAUCUGCACACUCGACGCUAGCUUGCAGCCUAACAUUGCCAGUGUAGUUGAAGUAGCAGGUAGCAUAGGACACUAAUGUUUUUAGGGUCAUGAUAAAAGUUAAUAUCAUAAUUAGCUUUCUUAUGAGCAUUGCAAUCCGAUACCGCACACGGUUGUUCCAGGAUUUUCCUCUCUAUUUCUCCAAGUCUGGCCUGCAUAGUGGGGCUCCGGGGGGCAGAGCUUGGAUUUGUGACGUCAGAAAUCUUGCUGUAUCUGAGCCUGCCGUUUGGGUCUGCCAGAGAUUCACAGCGAUUUGAAUGUAUAAAUACUCAGAAAUGCAAUUUCGCAUUUAUUUUUCUCAUUAUAUGUCCUGUAGCAUCAGAAAAAAGCCAUGCGAACAUGUAAAAAUCAAGAAAACCAUGAUUUUCAUUGGAGUAGGUCUUAAAAGAACAACAAUAGCUGUGUGUUUCAAUCCAGGGGCUGUAGCCUUUGAGGACCACAUCUGAAAAAUCAAACUACAUUUUGAAAUAAUUGUAUUUUGUCUUUAACCCUGUCGUGAGCUGUACCAAUGCCAUAAAAGACAGAGGUUGAAAUUUUAAACUAUCUUUAAAAUGUGUUGAGCUAAUUAUCCUAGCUGGUAAGAUAGGUAGCCACCUGUUGCUGAGUGACAAAAGUGGCACAAAGUGACGCCAUCGUCAGCUCAGCUCCUUUAUCACGCAAUUCUCAAAAGAGCACUAACCAGCCAACACAGGCAACAGCAGCUGAGUCCUUCAAGGACUGGGUUCUCAGAAGGCUCCAGCCCCUGGAUUGGGGCACAGCCAAUGUUUGCUGGACCUCCAGGGAAGAAGUCUUUGGACAAUAAUGCCUUUCGUACGUCUUAAAGCUGUUCUGACACUUACUUGCUACUUUUGAUUGGUUUGUAAAGUUAGCUGAGUUUUUGAGCGUGAAUUUUAUUUAAUCACUUAAAUCCAGGUAAUAUAUUAUGUUUUAUUUGAUGGUGAACCCUCUUUCUGUUUCUUCUGCAUUCACACACACAUUCCAACUCUCCCUCUACUACCCAAAUAUCUGUGAUAGAUGUCCUCUACCCUUUCUCCAUCGUUACCUCUUCCCGUCCCCAUUUCUCUUUUUACCUUAAUUUAACUUUCAUCUCCUCUUUGUCCUUUCUAUCCCUCCCCAACCCCCUCUCCAGCGGUCCCCUUCCCCCUGGCCCACAGGCUUACCAUGAAAGAGGUUUUUGACACUGAUGGCCGGCCGAGGGUGGACUUGCUCAAAGCUCACCUCACCAAGGAGGGUCGUCUUGAGGAGGCCGUGGCUCUUCGCAUUAUUGAUGAGGGCGCUGCCAUCCUUCGUCAGGAGCGCACUAUGUUGGAUAUUGAGGCGCCAGUCACAGGUAUUGUCCAGUGAUGAAAAUAAGAGUGGGAUUUCAGGUCAGAAAGCAAAACCUGAUAUUAUUGAAAAAAAGUGUUCAAGAGUCUGUGAUUUAAAAAGUUACUGUUUAAAUUUCAAACAAAGACCGAACAGAGGAACGAAGCUGAUUAGUAAAAGGCAAAAAUAUCUUUCAUCAUGUUGUGUUAAUAUUAUAGUCACUGAUUAAUUAAUUUACCACUCUUGUGAUAUGAACUGUUGUUCAGUCACAUUUCACUGUGAGAACCAAUUGGCAAUUAUGCAACACACAACUCAGUAUAGCUUUGGUAAUAUCUGCACACAUUCAUUGCCAGAGAAAUUAUAUGAGUCGAGGAGGAUGUCUGAAGGAGGAGGAGGGGGAGUUGAGAUCGAUGAAGAACAAAAUGGAAAACAAGUUUUUGAGACAGUAGCACAGAGGGUAGACAAGCAGGCAGGCGGACUCAGGCCCUCUCAACUUCCUGACACUGCUCAGUUAUAACAUACCUGUGUAUCUGUGUUUAUGUGUAUAUGUGUGUGUGUGUGUACAUUAAUGCAAAUGUGAGCGGUGAGAUAAUUCAAUGUGGGUUGUUGUGCCCACGCACUGUGGGAACACCACUCGGCUUUCACAGGUACAGUUCCCCGGGGACAGGGACAGAUAGACAGGCAGAUGGAGAGGCAGUUGAUCAUAAGCAGUUUAGUGCAGAGGUUUUCAAACCUGCUCAAUCCCAAUGAGCAACAUAUCGAUCUCUGUUUCAAACUUUCUUCACUUUUACAGAUUCUGCCCCAGAAACACCCACCUGAGAAUUAGCUAUGAUUAGAAAUAGCCAACACAUUUCAAAGAUGUAACAACAGAGAAGCCGUACAGGAUCUUGUAUUGAGGGCUUACUGUGCAUCUGAUGUUGAGAGGAAGUACUUUGAUGAAGUCUCUCUGACAACGGUCGAAUACAGACAAGUGAACCAACAGGCAGGUUGAAGGCUGAAAUUUUAACUGACAGGCUUUUUAGGAUGUCACCCGAAGGCUGCUGGGAAAAUACUGUGGCAGGUAUGAGGAGGCAGACAGGUACAGCUCAAUGUCACUCAUGCUGUUUUACAUCCCCAAUUCCCAGUUUAAAUUAAAGCAAAUGCUUAGGAGUAAAGGGCAAAAAUCAUACACUAACAUGAUGAGCAGAUGAAGAGACAAGCGAGCAGAUAUGAAAUGGCCACAGUGAAGCGGCUGCAAAAGGGAACUAUGACUUCAAAUACAAGUGAAAAGAGAGGCCAGACAGAUGGUUAGGGAGGCGGAUGGGAAAAUGUAUGUUGCCAGACUAUACAGACAGUCCUGACGUCUCACAAAUAUGAAAUGUUCAGCAUGUGAAGCCGAUGAUAAAUUAGAGUCCAAUUCAACUUAAUGAUUCUUGGAUCAAAUCAGUGGGAAAUGAUCUGAAAUACAGCCACCAGAAUGUAGAAAAUCUGUUUUUCUGAGUUGAAGCAUGUACAGUGAAAAUAAAAUAGGCCCAAGACCACUUCCUUGAGGAACACCACAUUUAAAAUCAUGUGUCUGACACACAGAUCAAGGCUGACAAAAACUGUUUAAAAGAUAAAUAACCAAGGGGAAUUUUCUUACCAGAGAUUUGUGAAAUGAAGUAUUUUUGGAGUCUAUGACAACAUAUUAAUUGUGAGAGGCCUUUUUAAUCCCUGAUGCAGGGUUAGAGUUAAGAGUAAACUAAAAUUGAUGAUAUGAGUGAUACUAAUUGCCUGUUUUCUUUUUUUCUCAAGGGGAGCAAUGAUUCUAGAUUUACUACCAACACAAAGAUGUCUAUGAUAUUCUAAUGUUGUUUAUUUUUUACAGUGUGUGGAGAUAUUCAUGGCCAAUUCUUCGACCUGAUGAAGUUGUUUGAAGUUGGGGGUUCUCCUGCCAAUACACGCUACCUCUUCCUAGGGGACUAUGUGGACAGGGGCUACUUUAGUAUUGAGGUGAGGAUGGACACUUAUUCAGGACACAUGCUUUGCUAUCACAUUUACCUGUCUUCAUAUUACCCUGGGUGUAAAUGUAUUUUACUCCAUUGACUUACACCAAAAUCUAGAUCUGUAUGUCACAAACUUUCCUUAACUACUGAGCUAUGGUGUUAUGCAGUCAAUGUAAUCUUAAGAAAACCACAAUAAUAAUAUGAAAAUGUGCACACAGACAAAAAAUAAAUUAAAAAUAAAGAGGUAAUUCAAGAUCUGUAAAGAAUAAAAGGAGCGGGUGUCCUUACACAAGAAAAAUGUAACAUUGACAUAGAGUUUGGAGGGUAGGGAGCAUGAUUUGGGCCACCUUCCUAAAACAUAUCAAGGGCAUACUGAAAAGGUGCGCCCUUGUGGAGAAUAGUUCAUACUGGGCUGAGGUGAGAUAACACACUGUGAGCAAUUCAAAGUAACAAAUAGGAAUAAAAGCAUGUUGGAUGAUUUUAUAUGUUAAAAGAUGUAGGACACGGCCACAGCUGUUCUCAAUUCAUUUUUUACUGUUGACACAAUCUGCACACUCUUAUCCAAGAUGGUUCUUAUCACAAUCCUGUUUGUGUCUGUCUUAAGACUUGGGGGAGGACCAAUUCAUUUCAUCUCAUUUUAUUUGGGCUCUGGAUGGCUCAUUCAGAACAGGAAUCUCUGGCUUCCUUGUAAAUCUCAGAGCCUUUCUGCAGAUGUAGUUUGAAUUAAAUGAGGACAAUUAAAUGGGAAAUGACUCCAGCUCUUACUAUGUGUUUUUGCUGUGGUAUAUGAUAUAUGUUCACUGCCUUACAUGACUGCAGUGAGAUGAGGAAACACACUCUUUUAUUUUCAUCUGGUUAAUUUCAAGCUUAGGAGAUAUUUCAAAAAUCAAUUCUGGAGGAUUAUAGUUAUGGCUUUAUAGUUUUCAGGGAGACAUAUAUUUUUCAAAUUUUUAAAACAUUCUCAUGUUUUCGAAAUUAAUUAGCAUUUCCAGAAUUUAUAGUGUUCUCUAAAUUUAUUCUUGUUUCCUAAAUAUUUUUGUGUUCAAGUGAAAUAAUUUUGUGCCUAGUUUCAUGUUUUGGGGUUUCAUGAACCUCUUUGCAUUUCAUAAAAUAUUUUUUGACAUUUACAAUAUUUUUCUUAUCUCCUUCCUAAAAUAUUUGUGCCAUUGACCUUUAGGGCCUCCGUAGCAAGCCUAGCUUAAUCGGACACAUAAAACUAGUUGGCACGAAAACCCAUAAUUCAGUCACUGACACAUAAUUUGUUAAUGUUCUAUAAAUAUAGAAAUAAAAAUGGUCAAAGUCAUGAAGCAGCAAGCUUCUCAUAUAAAGAUACAAUCCCUCUAUCAUGCUGGUGUGACUAGACUUCACUGGGUUUAAAUUAAAACCAAUUUGCAUCACGAGAAAAUACACAUACUUCUGUAACAGUUGUGAAUCUUUGCUGCGUUUAAUGAUGUUAGUGUAGUGCUGCUCAACCCUAACCAUGCUGUCAUUCUCUCUCUUCCCUUCUUAACCCCCAGUGUGUGUUGUACCUGUGGUCUCUAAAAAUCCUCUACCCAAAGACGCUCUUUCUUCUACGGGGAAACCAUGAAUGUAGACAUCUGACGGAAUAUUUCACUUUCAAACAAGAAUGUGAGUAACUCUUAUAUUAUCAAAAUGUCACUUUCUGCUGUUUUUGCCCCUUUCGUAAUCCUAGCUUAAUUUUCUGUGUCAGUUGAUAUGAGUGAAAGAAAUAAAGAUACAGCUUGAUGUGAUUGUUUGGAGUGACUUCAGCUGCUCUGAGAUGCAACAGUUGAACUUGACAAAAAACUACACCUGUGUCAGUUCUAUAAGCUCCAUAUUGGUUAGCUUAAGUAGGCUAAAAAAUCAAAGUGUCAAGAGAUCACCUGUGGCAGGCUCUGACUGAAGUCAAUCCUAAUUAUAUCCCAUACAAGUUACAUUGGCAUGGCCGCCAGUUUUUGACACAAUGCUCUAGAAAAGCAGCUCAAAUGUUGGCAUGGUGUUACUAUGUACAGUGUUUCAGGUUUGCAAAGGAGAUAAUCUAACAAAUUCCUUUUCUUUAUGGAUCGACAAUCAACUCAAAAGUGACAUUCAGAAAUAUUUAAAUCAAGUAAAUGCUGUCUGUUGAGCCACUAAAAUGAUGUGCCUCAAUAAUGUAAGUGAAUGUAAGUCUUCGACCUCCCAGUUAACACCACUUUGAGUGAGAAGCAUUGGUCUGAGCUCAGGAGUUUUACAUUUCCACUAGAAAUGUGUCACUUUCAAAGUGUGAUGUUAGCUAGGAGUUGGUUAAGCGCUGAUGUCAGAUGUUUUCAUUUAGUUUUGCGAAUGACUGUCCUCUAAUAACCCAUUACAUAAAGCCAAGUCCCAAAAGCUAUUCAACCAACGCACAGUUAACAAAACUGUUAAUUAGUUAAAUAUCCAACUAGCUUUGAAUCCGAAAAAUACGCUAGGCCUGGACAUCAUGGCAUUGUUUUUUUAUGUGUUUUCCAAUCCCUCGCUAUAGUGCCAUCAUCCUCUCCAAAUGUGGUUAUUUACAGCUCCAGUAAUCUAACACAGCCAUGACCACAGUGCCAACUCAAAGCUUUAUGCGUUUGACAAACCAAUAAAUUACUUCAUGUGGAUUUUGUCCAUUAUUAUACAGUGGGUGGAGAUGUUUAUGUUGCCAAAACAAGAAGGGAGCAAAAAACCUGAAAUGUUUCAUUUCAGUUCUUUUAAAAUAUUUUGCUAUCCUCACCAUAGUGGGCUGUUUGCAUACAUGCCCCUUUACUCAAAGCUGUCCUUGCAUAACUAAAUGACGACUCAGUAAUGCCAACUCUCCAAGUCUUUUGGAGCCGAAUCCUUCCUGCUAACCCCAAAACACCUGCUGCUGAAAAUAAACCAACGGCAUAUGGACUAAACUUAAAAUUGAGAAACCCACUUGACACUCAUUAAUUGUGACCAUUUACUGAUACAAAUACAGCUUUGAUUGUAAACAGCUGCUGUUUGACUUUUGCUAUGAUUACGUGGCAGAGCUGAGUACAUAAUAAAUACCUGGAGGUAACUUCAAAAACCAAUUCAAACGUAAUAUCAAGAAAAAUAGAUCUUACUUUGCUUCCUUAAUAGAGAGAAAGAGAUGGGGUGAGUGUUGCUUGAGAAGAAACCUAUAAAGACUGGAUAACUGUUGUGUGAAAUUUGGCCUACUGUAGGAUUUGGCAAUUAUUCUUAAUCUCCUCAGUUAUCUUCUCCAAGCUUUCUCCUCAUCUAACGUUCCAUCGCCCCUCUUUCCCCAGACCCCCCUCUACACAUUUUCUCCCUCCAUACACUAUCUUCUAUUUCUCUUCCUCUUCAUCUGUCCUCCAUCUUUUCCUCCCUCCCUGAGUCUCUGCCUCUCUGACUCUCCUCGUGUCCUGUCCGAGAGUGGGUGAUUAGCAGCAAAUUAAUUUGGCCCUUAAUGAUUGGCUCAGGGACUCACUCCUCUGUGUCUGAUUGGCCAAGGGACAAGAAAGCUAAUUUCCCUUGGUGCUCGUGGCGAAUAGUGGUCGCCCUCAAUUACCAUCUGCUGUGUGUGUGAAAGGGUGUAUGUGUGUGUCAGUGUACCACAAAUGUGUGCAAGUACAUGUACUAUGAGUGCAUGUGUGUGUAAGACUGUCUUCAUAAAUGUUUAAAUGUCUGUGUGUGUGUGGAAGGAGCUGAAAACUGGUGGACUCGCAGUAAUGAGCUCUAUCUCUAUAUGAGGCAGAUGGAGAAGCUGACAAACACACUUUCUUUUUGUCACACACACACACACACACACACACACAAACACACACACACACACGCACUGGAAAAUCUGGCUACUGUACAGUGGUAGUCCACAUUAGUUGCUUUUUAUUCUUCCUCUUUACUUAUUCUGGUCUUAAUUUCCCCCACUUCUCAUAUCUCAUACAAUAAACCUCUCUUCUUCUUUCUUUAGAAAUGUAUUUUUGCGCUUUAUUCUCCACCUUUCGAUUUUAAUCUGUGAUGUUGUGGUUCAGAUGUAUUAUUCUAUCCAUGUGUGGUCUGUACUGUAAAGAUGCUGUGAAUUCCAUAUAUGUACUGAUAUAAAUGCACCCGUGAGGCUUAUAAUAAACUCAAUGAGUCAUAAUAAGCAUUCACAACAACUUAUAGCAAUGUGUUUUGAGCAGUGAGCAUAAUGCUGUAUAAAUAUGUGGUUUAUAAUGCACCUUAUACCUUAAUGCAACUGAAAAAAGUGAUCAUAAAAUGUAUUCUUGUUGUGAAGUUGUUGUCUGACACUUUACUCACAGACACAAAGUGAUUUAUAAAUGUGUUACAAAAACAUAUGAUUGUAAAUAACCUCAAACAGUGCCGUCACUUACCCAAAAAUGCUAAUUUUUUGCUUUAUAUUGUUCCUCUGAUAGCUUUUUAGCAUCUUACAUGAACUAGAGUUCAACAAAUUCUAAACAUAUUUCAGCUUCAUUUAAGGAAGCUGAAAUUUGCCCUUUUAAGGAGAUCGACUGUCUGGUGAUACCCAAUGUUGGGGAAGUUACUCCAAAAAAGUAAUUCGUUACUGAUUACUCAUUACUUCUGAAAAAUGUAAUGAAAUUACUUUACUCAUUACUUCAUUUGAAAAGUAACUUCACUACCUAUUACUUUACUUUCCUGUUUUUUAAUCUACCGUUCAGAUACAUGCACAAACUUCAUAGCGCCAUAACUUGGUAUUUAUUGAAUAAAUGUAUACAAAAUACAUUAUGUAUUUAUGGGUCGGCUGCUGAUCAACUCCCUCGGUUUGCCGGAGAGCAGGCUCUUUCGCCACAAGUUUUGUACUGGCAUGAACGUUAGUCAAAUGUUUGGCGAGGUUGCUCAUAGACUUUGCAGAAGUUGAAAGCUGUCUGUCGCCGGGACAUAUGGUGCAUUUUACUCUUAUAUUUUUGUCCUUACGAGCAGCAAAUUCAAAAUAGUGACUAUAUCGCCAGUUUCGCCACUUAGCAAAGCCGCUCUCACUCUCCGUGUCCGUCUCCAUUUUCCCUCUUCCCGCGCAGGCGCGCACCACGCAACUCUAUCACUAUGGCAACGCUCUGGCGUCACACACACAGGCAGGCAGCGCGUCCGCAUGCAGGCACCGCUGACGGAUCCAGACUAUUCACAUUGGCAAACAGAGCUUGGUUAACGCAGGAAAUCGCGUUCCUCUGGUCUAGUAAAGUAGUGUAGUUACUGAUAUUUGUAAUGUAGCGCCCUACUUUAUUUCGUUACCCCAAAAAAGUAAUAUCGUUAUGUAAUUCCGUUACUUUGUAACGCGUUACCCCCAACACUGGUGAUACAACAUUUUGAACAAAUCUCAAUUCUCAUAUGCACAAGCCAUUCAGAGCACCCUGUAUCUGAGGAUUACGUAAACACACAUCAACCUUUUGGUCUAAAGCUUUGGUCAUGUUUAGUACUGACAUCCAGUAUUUUAACCUAACUCUUCUUUUUGAAAUACAAACAAAGCAUAAAACAACGUCUUCAGAGCACCUAAAGUCAAUCUUUAGCAUGUUGUGGGUAUUAAUAAGACAUUUUUUAGAAUUGAAAACAAUAGAAAUUAUCAUUUUUUUUGAAAAUUUUGACGAUACAAAGAGUGAGUUCUUGAUGAACCUUUAUGACCAGGUAUCGUUUUUAGAGUUAUAAUAUCUUAUUAAAACCAGAAGAUGCUUUAUUCUGUUGUAAGUGUCAGAUAUUGUCCACAGUCUUAGUUUAUAUACAGUAUGUUGUGUGUGGCAGGAUCUAACUUUAAUAUGGGCAUUUUAUUCACUAGUGUUCCUUUCCUCUCUGGGAAUAAGCGCUUUAAGAUCAUCAGAGAGGAAAGACACUGGUCAUAUGGGAGAUGAGAUGCAUGCAUAAAUUAGUUACAAGUUAUGUAAAAAUCCUUCAUGUUACUGCCUUAACACCCAAGUGAACUCAGGAACCAUUUCUGAAUAACUGUUUUGUCUUUUAAAAAGCCUUCAGAUGACUGACUCUGAUAAAUCUGUCCAUGUGAAAGCUCAGUUUGUUCUCUGCCGUCCUUGUUGCAGUGCUUGUGUGAAAUAUGUUACACUUCAAAUCACAGUGAAAGGCUUCACAUCUGAGAAGUUUGUGCUGUUCACGACAUGUCAAAACACACUCAGCUUUUUUGCCCUAAGUCUUGAAAUAUUUCUCCAACCUCCUCCAGGUAAGAUCAAGUACUCGGAGCAGGUGUAUGACUCCUGCAUGGAGGCGUUUGAUUGCUUACCCCUGGCAGCCCUGAUGAACCAGCAGUUCCUGUGUGUGCAUGGGGGGCUUUCACCGGAGAUACACACACUUGACGACAUAAAGAAGGUACAACAAGCAGAGCACACAUACAUACUCACAACAGUGUCACAACAACACUGUCUGUGGAAUCAGACUUGUUUCAUUUUGUAUUAAUUGAAAUGAUCUGAAAUACAACUCAGUUAAAACAAAUAACUUUAAGGAAAACAGUUUUGUAAGUUUAUUGUAUAGUAAUUUCUCAUAACUUCUAAACAGACCUAGACAUGCUUAACAGCUGCUGCCAGUCUCACAACAGCAGCGCCCCCUCAUUUAUUUUUCUGGUGUUUUGUCUUUUAUUUUUGACGAAUUUGUAACAGUCUUAUUGCAAGGAUUCACCAACAUCUUUUUCCUUCGAUCUUACUCAUUGCACGGCUGAAAUGUUUCUGAAAUUGAGCCAGUAUUUAGGUAGAGUGGAGCAGUCGGUAGCCAUGAAAUGAGCUAAAACGCAGUUUGACAGGGCUAUUGUGCAUCCAAACUGCGUCCACUACAAGUACUUCACUUCACCACUGACAGGUCCUGAGAACAGAAUGGCAGUGCUUCCCUAGUCCUCCACUUGUGACGGUCUGUUUACAACCAAAUCUCAAGUGGAGAGGUGUUGUUCUGACGUCUCAUGAGAUCUCACUUAUUGCAAGACACCUGAGGGAGAGUCACUGGGAGAGUCAGAGACCAGCCCUAGGCAAGACGCUUGACCCCACCCACCCACCCCUGCUGGCUGCACCCAGUGGCGUGUGAAUAGCAUUAGAUAAAAACUGAUGUCGCUUUACAUAUCAGCCUUUGCCUUCAGUGUGUGACUGUGGCAUGUUAUGUAAAGCACUUUGAGUGGUCAGAGGACUAUAGGAAAUACUAUAUCAACAUAGUCCAUUUACCACUUAACAGGAUUUCUUUGUUAUUUUACUUAAAUUUAACUUAAAUAAACACCUAAUUUAACAUGUUUACCAGCAUCUACCAGACAAAAACAUGUAUAAACUCAUAAUCCUGCAAAUGCAGAUAAUCUGUAGGAGCCACAGUGAGAGAGACACAAACAUAUGCUGCAUGUAGGUAUAGAGUUCACCAUAACACACAAUACAAAUAAACACAGAUGAACACGCAAACAUGAGAACACACUUCCUCAUCUAAUGGCAGUGUUUCCAUGGUGAAUCUGCUGGUGUGACAUCUUCUCUCUCCGGUGUGGUGAGGGUUGCUAUGGAGAUGCUCUGCUCUGACAGUAUAUAUGUGUGUGUGUGUGUGUGUGUGUGUGUGUGUGUGUGUGUGUGUGUGUGUGUGUGUGUGUGUGUGUCAUGUGUAUUAUUUCUUAUUUCCUUUUGUUAUUAUUCGAUAUGUGAUGAUGGAACUUUAUGUUUUGGUGAGCCUAUGUUAUGUAUGUGUGUGUGUGUGUGUUUGUCUAUGUGUGCGAUGCUGUGUGUGUUUGGUUGUCUGUCCUAGUUGGACCGGUUCAAGGAGCCCCCAGCGUUCGGGCCCAUGUGUGACCUGCUGUGGGCUGACCCCCUGGAAGACUUUGGCAAUGAGAAGACCCAGGAAUACUUUGGCCAUAACACAGUCAGAGGCUGCUCCUAUUUCUACAGGUACAGGAAAACAAGAACCCUCACAAAGUCUUUGCUGUUGACCGAGCAAAAGGAACGAUUACAUAAGAGUUCUGGUAUUUUAGUUUCAGAAGAAACUCAACUUGAAUGUGAGUGAAGACUGUGUGGUAACUUUGACAUGUGUGGUUUCCAGCUCUGAUAUAAACCAACCUGAGAUUCAAACAAACCAAAAAAAAAGUAUCCUUCAGAAUAAAAUUACACACCAGAGACAGUAUCCUUGAAAUUGGAAGUUGAAACAUAUAAAGUCAUAUUAAGACUGAUCCUAGUCUGGUUUUAUCAGAGCUCUGUUGAACUCAUAUGAUUUGUAUGAAUAAUCUGGUCUCCUUGUGAUCGCCUGGUGUCAGAGAGAUGUGACUUUCAUUGGUAAAUCAUGAAUUCAAUUAGUUCUAGGUGGACUUUAGGCUAUUGGUUUGGGAUGCUGGGGAGAGAAGAGAGCAGAACAAAUGCUUUAUAGAUGCACAGUUACACCACAUCCAGGAUCCAAUAACAAUCAUUGGGAUUUGUACAAGAGAGAAAAUCUUGGCUGGUGUUCACACACACACACACACACACACAUUUAGUGUGCUAGGAAACACAAAAAUACAGCACAUUCACAAACACAUACACACAGUUCCGUUUCAGCAUGAAACGAUAUCCCACAAUCCCCAGGGAGACUGCACGGUUCUGUUGCUAUGACGACUGGCUACUCCUGCCAGAUAUGGAGUGAUAUUAAGAUACAGUGGGAGAAAGAGGGAGAGCAACACAGGAGGAGGGUGGCGAUGGUGAUGAUGUUGUGGUAGGAGAUGAAGGAUGUGAGAAAAUAUAAAAAUGGAGGAGUGUUCAGAGUUGAGAUGCAGAGGGGCCUUUGGUUCAGGCACAGCUGGGAUGUUUACAUGGAGGAGUUGGUGCUAUGGCAUGCUGUCAGUCGAAAAACAGUGAUUGUCUGUGUUGAGCACAAGCAGCAUCAGUCAACCAUCUACUGUACUCUUGAGGAGGCCAUGAGCCCCGCUUACAGCUGCCUUGUGCUCACUGAUGCUCCCUGCUGGUGUGAGUCAGAAGUGACAUUAGAAGACUUCAAGCCCACUCAUCUCCCACUGCUCGACAUCCCACUAAAUACUUCCAUCUGCUUUGUGGCUUACAGCAGUACUGUGAAUGUAAGAACAUGUGACUGUGUUUUCAGGAGAGGUGAUCUUUCUGGAUGUUUUUUUUUCUUACCCUUGUUUGUGUAUAUCCACCACCUGGUCUGACUCUCUCUUCAAAUAUCCUUUUUCUUUAAGUUACCCGGCAGUGUGCGAGUUCCUCCAGACCAACAACCUGCUGUCAAUCAUCAGAGCGCAUGAAGCACAGGAUGCUGGGUAAGCUGACAGACUAUUGCUGCUCAGUCCGUCUGAGGAAGCAAAUUAAAAAACAGAGAACAUGCUCUCUGUGUCCAAACCAAAACAAUCAUAAAAAUAAAGCCACUAAAUUCAAGAUUAAUGCAAAAACCGUAUUAUUCCACAAUGCACUGCGUAAGACAAAUGGAUUUGAAAUGAAUGAAACGAAAUUUAUUUUUGAACAUGAGAAUCAACAAGGAAGCAUUUUUCACAUGAUAUUUCUCAUAGAAAAUCAAUUAAAUUAAAGAUUUCUACAUGCUCAAAAAAGGAGAAGGAAGAAGCUAACUUAUGUUUACCUUCCCCUUUUAUACAUCUUAAUUUUUUUUAACACGGGUACUGUUUAUUUUAUCAAAGUACGGCCAUUUUUUUUACUACACAUACUGUAUCACAGUGGGUUAACAUGCUGAUUGAUACAAAGCCACUGACUAACCUUGAUUUGAUGUGCAGACACAAUCCUGGCUUGGUGGCAGGAUGUGAUAUAAAAUGCCAACGCAUUUAAACAAAUGUGUGAAGUGUCAGAAUUAUUGAGUCAAAAAUGCAUUUUCUUCAGAUGAGCUUCACAUCAAUCAUUCCUAUGAUUCUUCAGAUAUUUGAGCAGCUCCUUAAAACCUCUUAUCUGUUCAGUUCAAGAGUUUUGUCUUUGUGGCUCUGUUUGAAGUUACACUUUAAACAUCUACCUUAAUGUUAGCUCCCACGAUAAGAAAGAGGGGUUUACAGAUAGACUGUUCCUUUAGUAGUGAGAUUAAAUCACUUACUUUUUAGGGCAUUAAAAAAACCACUCUAAUGCCAACCAGUUUGAGCCUGUUUAUUCUGGCUGAGAUAUACGUGUAGAGCAUUUGCAUUCUGUUUGGGAUUUCAGAUCAAUCUUAACUGGAUUGCAAGGCCUGAUGUAAAUGUAGUCACAUAGGUUCCCAAAGAGGGGGGAGGGGGCAACCUUGCACACUCAGAGCAGUGCUAUAGAGGACAAGAUGAAAAUCACCCCAGCCAAAAAGAAAUCAGCACACCUCUUCAUGGAUUUGUUUGUUUUAUACAAGGAAAUUUCCAGAUGAUUGAUGAGUUUGGGGUGAACUUUGUCAAACAAGAUGCUGGGCUGGGUUCAAAACUAAAGGCAGCAUGACUAGAGUUUUUUGAUUGUGAUUGAGUUUCUACAUCCUACUUCAGCUCUGAAAUGAUCAAAUUUUAGCUGGCAGCUACACUCCAACGCUGUGGGCUUCCAGUACCCUGCUUAGUGACAUCUUUGCUUUACCAGUCAGUUUUGCCUACACAGCUUCAUUUGCUUUUUAAAUGCAUGGCUGUCUCUCCUUAAAACAGUUGCUGUGUGGUUUAGAAACUUGAAAACUCUGGACUGUCAUACAAAACAGUUUUUCCCCCUCUUUUACCUGAACAGUUUGUGUUCCUCUCUUCAGGUACCGUAUGUACAGAAAGAGUCAGACUACAGGUUUCCCCUCCCUCAUUACAAUCUUCUCUGCUCCAAACUACCUGGAUGUCUACAACAACAAAGGUCUGAUGCAAAGUUGCAUGAUAUACUCAUACUGACAUAUACAUACACAUUUUUAACUUGAUCUAUUUUUUGUUGUUUUUAUUACAUAUUUAAUAUUUGACAUUAUAUAAUUUGGGUUACAUUGACAUAUUGUGUACAUCAGGCAUGCUCUGUUGUUAUAACAUUUUAGUUUGUCCAUCUUAAUGUUCGCUUCACUUCGAGAUAGCGUUACCAUUUCAGCAUCAUGAAGGAUUAUAAAAACAGUGUAAAAGAUUAUUUUCUCCCUGAAAACAGGUCUGGUUUCUAAACAUCUCUCUAUUUUUGUUUGUUGUAGUUUCUACUUGUUUAGUACUUUUUUAACAGAGGUUCCUUUAUAAAAAAGUUUUUUGUGCAUGUGUCAGUGGGACUAGUCAUGAUAAAUCAGAUAAUACUUCAUUGAUCUGGGUUACAUUGUAAGACUUGAAAAAGAGUAGAAAAAAAAAAUCCAAAAGAAAAUGGAUAAAAAAGAAUAAAGAUAAAGAAUAAUUAAGAUUAAAAAGUGGUAUAUAUAACUGUUAUUUUACAGUUAUUACUGAUUAAGCUACAGUAUUGAAUGACAUAAGUGAGAAAUAUAUACAUCCAAGGAUAAUCUAAAUCUGUGAAACUGUGGUAUGGUGUAUGAAACAGAAAAAUAAUAUUAAGUGCUAACACAAGAUCUUAUAAUAAAAUACGUAUAAUAAUAAGUUCUAAUAAUAUAAUGUAACAAUUCAAUACAAUACUGUACGAUAAACUGUAAAAUAUUUCACAACUAUAUAUUAUAGUUGAAUAAAAUAAAAUAGAAGUUAAAAAUAAAAAAUAAAUCAAAUAGGACAGACUAGAAUGUAAUAAUGCAAAGCGAAUGGGAGAUAAAAGACAAAACAAUAAAUUGCAGUACAUAUAAUAUAAUAUAAUAUAAUAUAAUUUAGUGUAAUAUAAUAUAAUAUAAUAUAGUGUAAUAUAAUAUAAUAUAAUAUAAUAUAAUAUAAUAUAAUAUACAAACCUACAUACAUAUAUUUAUCGCUAUUUUGGGGUCUUGGGGGGCUAGACCUUAUCCCAGCUGUUAUUGGGCUAGGGGCAGAGUACACCCUGGACAGGUUUCCAGACUAUCACAGGCCUAAACAGUAUAAUGUAAUAAAAAAUAAGUACAGUACAGGCAAAUAAAGUUAGAAAAUGAAUUAUGAGGGGCAACACUACAGGCUUUUUAAAGAAAGUAUCAUAUAGAUACAAUAUGCAUGCUUGUGUGUGUGUUUUUGCAGCGGCUGUACUGAAGUAUGAGAACAAUGUGAUGAACAUCCGUCAGUUCAACUGCUCUCCUCAUCCCUACUGGCUGCCUAACUUCAUGGACGUCUUCACGUGGUCGCUGCCUUUCGUGGGCGAAAAGGGUAUUAAACACACUCGUGUUUUUCUAAUUUCCCACCUGCAGUACAUUACAAUUAAAACAAACUACAGUUUAUCUCCACUGGUACUUUGAUUAUCAAGGGAUUCAUCACAUCUGGUCUAAAGUUCAAUUUCAGUGCAUCAGUACUGGAGGAAAGUACCAAAGAUUUGCCAAAACUACUGCUAGAUUUUUAAAAUUUACUAUGAAGAGAAAAUCACGAUGUAACCUCUGACUUAAAGUGUUUGCAGUGAAUUUCUGUCAUUUAGUCAGUUAUAGCUCACUAACUAUGCAGCUGUAGCCUCUGAGUGAUGGGACCUGCUUUUUUCCUGCCUUGAAGUUUGAACAUUUUCUUUUCUCCCAAAAAAUUGCUGUAGGUAAAAUUUGAAUAACCAAAAAGUCUUUUCAAAGGCUGUCAGACUAACAGUUAACACCAGUAAACACAAUUCAGUAACAAAUCAGCAGAAGGUAUUAUUCCUUUAUACACUUAGAAGAUGUACAACCCUUACUUACAGGAGUAGGGUCUACUCACCAGCCAUCCAUGACAACAUGUUGUCUGUGUGUGUGUGUUUGUGUGUUCUUCUUCUACAGUGACUGAGAUGCUGGUCAACGUCCUCAGUAUCUGCUCUGAUGAUGAACUCAUGAAUGAUGGAGACGAAAUCUACGAUGGUAAAACUCAUUCAGUACUGCACUAUGAUUUUUGAAUUACAUAUCUCAGAUAAUGUUGGUUUCAAUGUUAACAUUUGUGAUUGAAAACAGUUUGAUGUAGUGUAUUUUUAGAUGACAAAAAUAUAUGAGAAGAAACAAAAAUGCAAGAUAUCAUCGUUUUUAAGUGUUACAAUUGCAUUUUGCUUUUGUACAGCAAGUGCAGCCGCAGCAAGGAAAGAGGUGAUCAAGAACAAGAUUCGAGCCAUUGGGAAGAUGGCCAAAAUGUUCUCUGUUUUACGGUGGGUUGAGUUGUGAUUGGAUAUGCCGUACUGUCUGUGUGUAUGUGUGCAGUUGUGUUGUGUUCAAGACCAAUAAGACGUUGUUCAAGGCCAGCUUCAGCAGGAUGAUGGCUACUCUAACUCCUAGCCAUCAGUGAGAGCAAAGAAAAAUAUAACCUAUAUAUAAUUUGAGACUUUAAAAAGGAGGUAUGUAACCCUUUAAAGGGAUAUUCUGGCGUAAAAUUUAUUAAGGGUCAAAUACACCAGAACACCGAGUUAGACACCCCAUCGAGAGAUGAAUGUUACCGACCGCUUGCUUCUCUAGUUAUACCAACUCUAGUAACAACCACAUGAUAGCAAUACACAGUGGUCUGAGGAGCCAUAAACAAACCUCAACCAAAACGCCACUCUAUAGCCACAAAUAAUGCUCAGAACAGCACCUAACUUUAUCAACAGUACAUAUAGGGUCCCAGCCAUAGUACUAGCCACCAAACAUCUUUUUAACUUUGCCUAAUUUCUUUAGCAAAGAGACUAAACACAACUCACCUACUCUCUUCCAGCAGCCGCUUGUUUGUAGGGGGACCUCAGGUCAAUCCAUUACGGACUGCUGUGGGGUGAUGCAGCUCAUGGAAGAACAUUUAUGAUCAUUACGUCAUGGAAAUGCAAUCAGACCGAGAUGCUAAGGCAGAAGAACUACAGUGUCUGUAGUGCAAAAUGAUUAAAAUGAUGAUUAUUACUUCAAGGAAAUGAUAAAGAAAUGACUGUAAAUGUUCUUCCUUGAGCUGUGUCACCCAGCUGCAGUUUUUUUUCAGAUUUCCUGAUUAAAUUUGAUGGACAUGUUAAAGGUUGUGCAAAACUGUAAAACAGCUUAAACUGUUUCAGUUUGACAAGACCAUGAAGCUUAGCAAUUUAUGCAUAACAGCUGAGGCCAAACCAACAACAUGCGCACCCUUGAGGUCUAAUGGAUCACAAAUUUGUUCAACCUCUGCUACAGAAAUAAGAUUUACAGAGUUCUGACAGUUUUGUUAACUUUUCAUUCAUAAAACUAUUUUUUAAGAGUGUGAACAAACUGUAAGAAGCCUGUAAGCUGGUAAAGAAAGAAAGUUGUAAAACCAGAAUUGAAGGAGCAGUUAAUGGAAACUGUUUGGCAGCAAAACAAAGAACAUUAUUCAGUCAAUCAUCCUCCCCAGAGAGAGUGUGAAUCUGAGGAAAGAUUUACUCUCUGUAUUUAAGAAACUGACAGAACUAAAGAUUUAUAAUACACCAACAAAGACAUAGCUGAAACUGAAGGAAGUCUGUUAAGUCAAAUUAUUGAUCACAAAUAAAUAAAUAAAUGCACACCUUGUGUGUACUUACAAACAGGAUCAGACAUUAACACCUGCCUCAUGCCAAAUGUGGGUAAUUCUCAGACAGCUUUGCCCCAUGUGGAGGGUAAUCAUAUUUACAGCUGAAGUCAUGUAACAACAGUAACCUCUUAUGGAGCACCUACAACUUCUGUUUCAUGAUUUUCAGCAUCUCUGAUCUUUGCAGCAUCAGUCCGACACAUGUAAACUCUGAUAUGGUAUCCUACUGUCUCUAUACGGGUCUUUAUCUUAAACGGGGUCCAAUGUUUCCUUGCCUAAGCUCAUCCUACUACAUGCUCUCUAAUUUCUGAUUUUAUUUAAGCCUAACUGGGGACAGGGGUUGCAAAUUAGCCACGAUUAGAAACCUGUAUGCAUGGCAUGAACCAUAUACUGUAUAUAGAAUGGACAGUCUGCCUCCUCGCUGGGUGAAGCCACUCUGAGAACAGCACCCUCUGUUGACGGGCUACAGUAUAGGUCAUAAAUCCCGCCUCCACCAGCAAAGCUUAUGGAGCUGUGGACAAACUUUAGAAAUUUAUUACACAGAAAAUAAUUUUUUCUCCCCCCUGCUUGUGAUGUUGACAUGUAGUUACAGUAAGACUGGUUUGUGCUCAAGUCCUUUUUUUUCUGCGAAGCUCCGUUUUUAAAAGUUAUUAGGGGGUUCAUGUUUUCUAUGAUUGACACCUGAUACAGCCUACGGGCGUUCAGGGAUUGCGUAGCUCACCCGGGGGAUACGCUGUUUGAGCCGAGCGUCAUCACAGCAACUAUCAGCAACCUGAAUGCGCGCAUCGCUACUGCGCAGCGCUGGUUUCAGGAAAUGAAGAAAAAUCCCGGAAAUACCGAGAGCUUUUUGGCUUCAAAUUCGUAUACAGGCGGUAGGCGGAACCAGGUUGUCCAUAGUAUAUGCAGUCUAUGGCAUGAACACUAUAAAGCAGUGCCUCAUGCAUUUGUCCCCGUCAAAUGAACAAGUAAAUAAAUAGUUUUAACCAACAAGCACAUGCAUGUGUGAUUUCAGGUUAGGUAAAGUGUUCGAUUCCCUGUAAUUCUCUCUCUUUUUUUUUUUUUGAUCUAAAAACACCAACACAUCAUCUCUGUCUGUCUCUCAGGGAGGAGAGUGAGAACGUGUUGACCCUAAAGGGACUGACACCAACAGGAAUGCUGCCCAGUGGAGUCCUCUCUGGGGGCAAACAGACCCUGCAGAGCGGUGAGUUUUUUCACACACUGACACACAGAGAGCUACCUGUAAUCCUGGACACAUGUUCAAAACAAAAUAAGCCUCCACAGAAACAUGCAGACAAUGUUCAAAUGUCUGCUAUAGAGCAUCCUUUGGUUCCUUCCUGCCCUCUUCCCUUCUCUCCUCUCUUCCUCUCCUCUCAUUCCUCUGCCUCACUGACUCUGUCACUCUCUCCGCCUCACCUCACUGGCACUGAGGUUACUAACAGCCUGCUGGUCGUAUGUGUGAGAGUGUGUGUGCGUGUGUGAAUGACAGAGAGAGGGAGAGACAGUUAGAGAAAGUAAAGGGCAGUAAUGCUAGGAGAGCACAGAAGGUCAAAGAGUGUGUGAGGUGGAUGUGAGCAAACACCAGCUACUGCUAAUGCUAGGUGCCCUGUGAACCUGCCAUGGCCCCUACAAUGCUUCUCUGAGGGCCAUCACAUGACUUAAGCCUGAAACAUGCCUCUAAGUGCACAAAUUUGCAAGCGUCAUACAUUAGCACACACAUGAACAUGUAAACAGCGUGUAUCAUUAUUAUUUUUUCUUAUUUUUAUAUUUAUCUCUACUUUCAUUAAAUACUUAAAUCCAUUUUCCUAACUCAAAUGUUUCCUCAAAAGGUAGUCUGUACUUGUUUUUAAGGUGAGCAGAGUUAGACACGUUUGCGGUUCACUCACAGCACAGGAGGGUGAGGUGUACAUGGCAGCAUUAUGGCCUUUAAAAUACUUUGACUGUAAGUUAACCUCUGAUUGGGUAAAAAGUGGCUAAAUUGUCCUUUGUCCUUGUGUUUGAAAUUGGGUGAAGAUGAUUUUGGCUAAAUUUUCCAGGCAAGGUUUGCAUCCUCAGGUCAUGACGUUUUCAAGCAACUGCACAGAAGCAUGUUUCAUCCUUCACUUCCCUCUCCUUCUUUUACGCUUUUCUUUUUACUUUACUCCUCUCUCGGAGUCUAUCAUCUUUUUCUCUCUUUCUGUCCUCCCUUCUUUUCUCUUCUUCACUUCUCUUUGCCCAUCCUUCAGCUACCAUUGAGGCCAUAGAAGCAGUCGAGACAGUUAAGGACGCCGAAGGUAAAAUCACAAUCAUUUCACUGUGUGUGUGUGUGAGUGAGUGAGUGAGUGUGUGGGUGUGCCGUGUGUGUGCGCACACGUGUGUGUGCAGCAUGGUUGCGCUCUCAGCCACCCAUGCUCAUAAGGUCAUAGAUUUCUUAACCAUGAUGCACUGAGCUCUUCUAACCAUAUCAGUGCUCACAACAGAGCCUAAAACUAAUGCACGCUGCAACCACCACAUCAAAACAUGCACACAUUUCUCUGUUUCUUUCUCUUCAGUCUCCUCAGAAAUAAAAUCACAGCACUAUCUUUUUCCAGCACAAAGACAUACGUGCACAAAGAUCUUAGUUGCACACACACACACACACACACGAGAAGGAGAGCAGGCUGUGGGUGGGAGUGGGUGUGAGGGUUAGCAAUGUCACUCAGACUCCUUAUAGUCUGACUCUGCAGUGAGUUACAGUCUCCCUCCUGUUUCUCCUAGUCUUUGCUGUAGAUCUUUAGAAGACAAACAUGUAAUCAAUCUGUUUCUAUACAACCUGCAGCAGAACAGAAGUCACCUGUGUCCAAAAAAAUAAACCUGUGCUAAUAGAUAAGGGAAAAAAUCCCAUGAAUUUUUACAAACCAAUCCUCAAAACUGGAUCUGUGGUCAAACUCAGCCUUUCAUUGGUCGUUCAACCAUAUCUGUUGGCCUCUUUCAGCAAAGAGGACCUUAAACUUAAAGACCUACAGUAAGUCCAGAACUUAAGUCACAUGAUGUGACAGGUAUCUGUACUUACAGUGAGUAGUUUAAUGUUUGCCAAAGACCAGUGGACAUUAUAAGGAUCUGCUAAACUACUUUGACUUUAGGUGAUUUAAAAUAAAUUUUUAUACUACAGCUGAGAAUAAUGUCCUAAAAUUUAGCCAAUUUUACAUUUUCUACCUCCAUUUAUGUUUGAAUGAAUGACUGAUGUGGAGUUUUUCAGGUUCUUCUGUGCUACUGAACAGAUUGUGGCCAUGUUUUCUUGUGUUUAGUGUAUUGUAUGUUUUGUACACAAGGUUAGUUAUUGCUUUGCACGAUGUAGCCUUUUGUGUCUGUAUCUCUAGUGCUGUCCCUUGCUUACUUGAGCUACAGUCCAUAAUUUGUUUCAGCAAAUAAAUUAUGGGUGACUUGUGUAUGUUUAUCUGUUGUGUAAUUUAAGUGCAGCUGGGCGUCGGUCCACUAUGUAGCACAGUGGUGGCGUAUUUGUGAGUGCAGUGUGUGCAAAAGUGAUAUGACAGUAGCUGUUGUUCAAAAGUGGCAGCGAUCUCUUCAGACAGACCUCUUCAUCAGUCUCAGGAGCAUCUGCCCGUGCAGAGGCUGCAUUUCAGCAGAUCUCAAAGCUUCAUGCUGCAGAGGUUUUUCCCUAGUUUGCUAUGAAAUAAUAAACACCAUUCAGGUGGUAUCGCUCUCAUUCUCAUCAGCUUUUACUCUGAAGUUUUUAGGAUAAAAUAUAAAGGGAACCUCAGCAAUGAUUCAAAUCCUCCAUAAACUGAGAGGCUGGUUGAAACUGAAGAAGUAGAUUUUAGCAUAUCUCAGCUUUUAACGGCUAAUGUGGGUCAAGCUUCCAAAGAUCCUGAAUUCUGUAUUUCCCAUUAUGCAGCCCAAGUCUUACAUGCAGAGUACCCGCUGUCUUUAAACUCCAUUCCCCUCUCUCAUAAUGCAGACAUCUGUUAAAUGAAUAUUUAGACAUGCUUUUUGUCUUUUUGUUUGAUAAGUACAAAAACUCAGAUGCAAAAACAUCAAGUUUUAAAUUUUUUUUUUUAGUGGAAGUCACCGUGCCAAGAAAUAGUCCCAGUGUUGGACAACAAAAUCAAAGUGCUGUUGUUGUAUGGCUGAAAGUUACACAGUUUAUUCAGUCUUAAAUGUGAAGAUAAGCUAACUGCCUGAUGGGGCUUGCCGUAUAUAUGUAUUUUCAUGUUUUCAUCUAAAUCUCUAAAAAGUAGAGUAAUUUAAAAAAAAAAAGUGAAUUAUUCCAUCACACAUUUCCAAACCAAAGCUAAGGUGACACUGUCUUUAUUCCCCCGUGAUCAGCGAGCUAACCUACCUGCUAGGAUUUAUGUUGACACUGAGGAGCCUGUAGCUGUCAAAUCUAUAACCUCAGGAAAUACCUGACUUGUUAAUUUUGUCCCUAUCCCUUAUAUAGCAUGCAGGUCUGCAAUCUAUAAACAAUAGUUCCAAGCUAACAGCUGAGUGUCAAAAACUCUUCACAGUGGGAAAUAUAUUGUUAAGGACUUGUGAACGACUGCUUCUGUGCAGCUGUGCUUUGUUCCAUAUUCUGUGUCUCAUAGCAGCUAUUCUACUGUACCUGGUGUCUCAGACUACUGAUCUAGGAUCAGUGGCAUUGUAUCACUGACUGUAAUUUUCACUGUGAACCAUGGCGUUAAACUAAUCCUAGCCCAGUAUUCAGACAGCAGAUGAACAGUGAGUGGUGUGUGGAUAUUGGAGUUGCAUUUUAAGCAUAUUUGAGAGAACCUUGUGUAUACAAACCCAUACAGCCUUCAUGUGAAGAAUAAUGAAACAGGGUGAAAAUGAUUGAAAUAUCUUUGCAGGUGCUGCAAAAGAAGGCAAAGGUUAGAUUUAAUUAACACAACAUGUUGGUGAUGUGUCAACUUUUAAAUUUCAUAGAUGAUUGAACUAGCUUGAAACAUCCAUCAACUUAGACUUGAACCGUAAACAAAGGUGCCCUGACUACUUCACUCAAGGCUUGCAGUGGUCUGUAUGCACAAGCCUCUUCAAAUGUCUUCUGAAAUAUUAACCCCUUGUCUUAUGUAUGUUUGUGUGUGUCUGUGUGCAUCUGUCUGUGUGUAUAUUUGUGUGGGGGUCAUGCCUGCCUGUCUCUGCAGCCAUCAGAGGCUUCUCUCCGCAGCAUCGGAUCAGCAGUUUUGAAGAGGCCAAAGGUCUCGAUCGAAUCAACGAGAGGAUGCCUCCACGACGCGACGCCGUCAACAGCGUGGGCCUGUCUAUGGGCCGCAUGAACAUGGGAGAGCCUAACGGGACCGACAGCAACAGCAAUAUACAGUGAUGGACACACACACCCUCAGAUGCCCAGACACAUACCUGCAGUUACAACUCUGAUAUGGUACCAUAUUAUAGGUUCGUGUACAUAGGCAUAUAUACAAAAGGAAAGUGGAUCACACACAACAACACACACAACACACACACACACACACACACACACACACACACACACACACACACACACACACACACACACAAACGCAGUAUUUCAUACACUGAGGCUAAAGACUACAUGUCACAUCCACACACACAAUUACCUACCCCUCUCCUGUUGCCCUCAGCUGUAUGUAAAGGCAUGAGCGUACCCAGACUUUACCACCAAAGGCUGAGUCUCUUCAACGAACUAUUCAGCUGCAUUUAGAGAACUACAACUCCCAUGUACCUGCACAACAACAGGAAAGAAGCUACAAAAACACUCCCCAUGAGCGACACUGUAGGGUGACCUACAGUCCACCGUCUGUAUUGGGGAUCACCAGUGGGUGGACAGUGUCAGCAUGACGUGUCAGUGGUGUGUUGUAUCAGACGAAGUCAGGUGUUUGCAAGGGGGUGGGGUGGAGAUUGGUGACGAAGGUUGGGAAUUUAACAUAAUAUAUGCCUCUUUUUACUGUUUGCAUCCCAUAACAGGAAGUGAAACUAAACUUGUGAUUGGUUGAUUUUAUAGGGUUGUGGAUAUGCCUGCCUGUGUGCGUGCACAUGCUUCAAGAUGUAAAUGUCUGUGCAGUUAUAUUGGAAAAUGUGUUUUUGUUUGCAAACAUGAGCAGAUCUCCCCGUCAGCAAGGCAACGGCAACAAAACCUCUGAUGGGAACUGUGACGUGGCGGCUCAUCUGUUGCCUGUGUGGGGAUAAAGUCAGCCGCAGUCUAAUCUGAGCCCUUGCUGCCCUCUCCUUCUCCAGAGGAGAUACUUGUUUGCUUUUGUAGCACCACACUGCACCCAUCCUUUACUCCAAGCCAAGUGAAGGACCCCCCCAAAAAAAACCUCUGGUCCCAGCCCGUUUAGCUUUGAACUGGGCCAAGAUCUGAUUGGAAGCGAGUGUUUCUCCCAACCUGUUGCGUGUAAAUAGGUAACACUGAGAGGUUUUAUUGCACAUCUGAUGCAUAUGGUAAAAGAUACAUGAUGCAGUAUAGCAAAAGUAAGAUGCUUAAUGUCUGUGAGGGAGCUGGGGCAAAUAGAAAUGUGAAGUCAAACCCGACUCAUUCUCUUUCUACAUCCUUCUUUCUUCCCGUGUAGCUGUCGCUACCAAACAGCAGCGAUGGCCGGGAAUCUGGCCUAAAAAGCAGGAAAUGAUAUAUCAGAGAGGAAACAGACUCUUCUGGUUUAGGCAGCUGUUAAGGCAGCAGAGAAAAAGGCAGAAGAGAAGGUCUUUGUAAAGCAUUUAUAUUAACGCAUCAGUGCAUGCAGAGUUAAGUUCUUUGAUAAUAAUGUGAAGAUUAUAUUUGUGCUCUGUGUUUCACUAUGGUAGGAAAUUUUGUUCUUUUGGUUUUCUGGAUAAUAUUAAUGAACUGAGGAAUAAUGAAUAAUUUAUUUUGUACAUAAUACUGAUUUAUUUAUUUUUUUGUAUUCAUUUUGUCUUAACUUUUUUUUUCUUUUCCACUUUUUUCACGACUUUAAUUUCGAGUUUCUUUCGACGCUGUACAGACUGACAGUGCGCUUCUAUUCAGAGUGUCAAGUCCACGUUCUCUCCUCUCUUAUUUGUCGAUGUACAGGAGUUGUUUUUAAUGAUAAAUAUGAACAAUGAUAAACAGUUAUUAAACUAGCAUUGAUGAAUGGCCAUAUUAUAUACAGAGGCACAGGCAUUCAGGCAGCCAAAAGCAUGAUUGCAUGGUUAGAACUUGCGCUGUUCAAAGCAAAAAGCAGCAAGACACAUUUUAACAGAAGAGCUGGUGUGUUGCCGUCACAAUUUAAAGGAAAAAAGUGUACUCUCUCUCUGAUCAUAAUUCUUGAUGAUUCCUCUUGUUAUUUGAUGAUAUUUAUGAUUCUAUGAUUAUUAUGAUUCUAUUUAUUAUGGACAUUAUUCUUAAUCUUUAAGCUCUCUCUCUCUGCUGGUUGCUCUUCAUGUUACGUUGCUCCUUGGUUGAUCUUGUGCUUCUUUGGGUGAGGUGAACCCCCAUGGGAGACCCUGUGCCAUAGAAAUUGUGCCACGGUUCUUACUUUCUCUCUCUCUCUCUGCUCUCUCUCUCUAUCUCUCUCUCUGCCCUCUCGCUCUCUUUCUCUCUCUGCUCUCUCUCUCUCUUUCUGUUUUGACUCCCCAGUCACUAACACUGUACGCAUGCCCCAUGGGACGAUCCACUUUUUUACUCUUGAAUAAAAUAUGCAUGAACCUUUGAUAUGGAUACUGAUUCUUUUGUUACUUUCUAC